AUGGCCUACUACGAGGAGCAUGGCGAUUCGCAAGGCUCCGGGAGGUUUAACAAGAACUUCGACGGUCCCGUCGGACCCCGUCGGCCCAGGCUGGUGACGGAUUAUGGAUCAUCAAUGGUACAAUGGAUGCGAACUCGGCGACCCCGAUACCAGGGCGAACAUCGUAUGGAGGUGGAAAGACCUAGUUCCAGCUUUGUGGUCGAUAUGCUCCCACCCAUAGCGCGAACCCACUCCCCAGCCGACACAAUACCCGUACGACAUCUACACCAGUCGAUUGGAAAGUCGAAAAAGCCGAUUGUGGUGGUACGCUGGACGCCCGAGGGGCGACGGUUGUUGACGGGAGGUCAUACUGGCGAGUUUAUGCUCUGGAACGGCACAGCAUUCAAUUUUGAGACGGUGAUGGAUGCGCAUUACGAUCAAAUCCAAGCAGGUGUCACGUCCUUGGCCUGGUCUCAUAGCCACGACUGGCUGAUCUCGGGCGGACAAAGAGGUGACAUUAAGUACUGGCGACCAAAUUUCAACAACGUCGAAACAAUCGACGAUGCACAUCACGACGCCGUUCGUGACUUGGCCUGGGCGCCUAGCGACACCAAAUUUCUCUCCGCUUCCGAUGACACAACCCUGAAGAUCUUCGAUUUCACUUCCCGCACCUGCGACACCGUUCUCUCAGGCCACAAUUGGGAUGUUAAAUCAUGCGACUGGCAUCCUACAAAAGGUCUACUGGUCUCUGGGUCCAAGGACCACCAGGUCAAGUUCUGGGAUCCGCGAACGGCCCGCUGCCUGACGACCCUCCACAGCCACAAAAACACCGUCACCGCAACGCGAUUCUCGCGCGUUAACAAUAACCUGCUCGCUACGUCGUCGCGGGACCAGACCGCACGCGUCUUCGAUUUACGGAUGAUGCGGGACAUCUGUAUCCUACGUGGUCAUGAGAAGCCGGUCUCGUCGUUGACAUGGCACCCUAUACACAGCAAUUUGAUUUCGACAGGUGCAGAAGACGGCUCACUAUACCACUACCUCCUCGACGAGCCCAACCUGCCGAGUGGCCAGGUCCCCACCGUCGCGCCCUAUGACAGCCCCGACCCGGCCAAUACGCCCCCCGCAGACUGGCACCCACUCGGCCAUAUUCUUGCUUCAGGAUCUAAGGAUAAUUUUACUCGAUUCUGGUCUCGGGCUCGGCCGGGUGAAACUAAUUACAUAAAGGACCGAUUCCAUAUCGGCGAGGAGGCGGCCGAGGCUCAGGGUACUUGGAAUCGUGGGUUCGGCCGCAAACAGAUGCGCGAGGAAGAGGAGCAGGAGAUGCAGGAUGAAGCCGAGAGUCUGGUCGACCAACGACGACCGGGUGCGCCCACACUGCCCGGCAUUCAGAGUGCGCCCGGGGCUGGUCCCCAGGUCGACGGUGCAGGCUUCUUACCAGGCAUUGGGGCUGCCCUACCACCACCCCCUCCAGGCCUUUCAAGCAUGGGCGGGAUGGACCCUGGCCGACUAGCCGCUCUCAUGUCCACACGACCUCCUCCCCAGGGAGUACCAAAUCCAAGCCAAGGGAUUCCGGGUUUCCCUAUGCUGCCAGGCAUGAGCGGGGCCCCGCCCCCGCCUAUGAACAUGGACCUCGCUCAGUUGCAGAAGCAGUUCCUUGCUCAGGGAAUGCCAAUGCCCCCCGGGGUCAACAUGCAGAACAUCCCAGCCGGGCUUGGUGGAUUGCCCGGCUUGCAGGGUGGCGGCAUGCCUGACGGUAGCCGCAGGUAG